CCCGCGCCGUAGCUGUGGGCAUUGAUUCUAGUAAACUAAUAGUAGUUGAUCACUAACAUUAUAACACAUACAGUCUUUUGAUACAUUCCCUAACCUUUGUGAUGCUUUCUAAUUUUCCCCUUCAGUAUUCACAUUGUUUCAGGUAACCUCAUCUUUCCUGGUGUUCUUGGCUCUUGUCUGUGUAACUCUUGAAAUAUCCCUUCCUCUGUUAGCCGGUUUCUACUUUCUAGUAUUUUCUUAUGAAGGGGAUUCUGGUGCAUUUUAGCCUUUUAGGCUACUACCCCAAUCCAAUUGAAUACCUGGUAAACUCAUGUGAGAAGGCGAUUCGAACAUAUAGCUCUGUCGUGAUCGCCGAGGUUAUAACAUUGUAGAUUGAUUCUAUGUGCAUCUUUUUAUUCGAUCUGUGGCUAUAUUUGUAAACACAGGCCGACAUUUUACACAAUCUGCCAGAAUAAAUCUCACGAGGGUUCGAGUUCCACUCAGUAGUCCAUACCAAACCUCACAGCACUGAUGAGCGCAAUGCUGUUAUACCGUAAAGUGCUCAAAACAAAUGCAGCCCAAGUCAUCACCAUCAACGCUAUAGGACGUGCCAUUGAAGUUCUUGAUCUUCUGUACUCACCAAAGAAAGAAUUGCCAGAUGUUCACCCUGAAGGUUCUGCUUUCUUCCCUGUGAGGAUACUGCUUGAUGAUGUUAGUGACCGUGUUUAUGGUCCAUGGAGCCACUAGGGUGAAUACCGUUAGAUUGAUAUAUGCCAUCUUCAAUACGAGUCGCCUUUGCUUCACCACUGAGCUGAGUGGUAUGAUGAUUUCAACACCUCAACCACCUCGACUAUGGUGGCCAAUUCCCCGUUUCACCAUUACCAAUGUUCACAAUUUUGGAGCUCUUUGAUGAUCAAUCAUGACAAUGUGGCGCAGAGAAACAUGAUAAAGACCAAGAGCAUGGUGUACAUGGCCACUUUCGUUGCCGUUCUUCCUUACACUGUGUGCAGUAGCUUUGUUCUUCUACAGACUUCUGAUCAACAACUAAUACAUUGCAGUAGUAGGAAACCCUAAACCACAAGUACCCAGUUCAUUCAGCUUUUAUAUGGAAUGGUGUGUUGGUAUAUGGCAUCUGCAAUAUAUGUUAGGGUUCCUCUUUGGGAUUACUCAGCUGGAACUUUACGUUAUUUACAAAAAUACUGCAAACAAGGUUGCGGACUGUGAAAGACAAUGCAGGAGGAAGAAGGCAACAGUGGUUAUGGUGGUGGGCAUGUUACUGAAGUGGACGCAGGGGAUCAGCAGAUGAGGGUGGAGCUGGUCAGGAAUUAAAUGACACCAUUGCCA